AUGGUGAAUGACCGUGAUAUCAAACUCGAAUCCGUAGCGCCUCCCAAACCUCAAGAACCCGUCCCUUCCCUUGCGCAUGGGUUGGACAGGGUGUUAUUCAAUCCGGCAGUGUUUCACCUCCGAGAUCCCCGAACAAAGGUUUACAAUUUCGAUCCCUACUUGGAGGAUAUCGUCCCAAUCUCCAAGAUAGAUCUCGAUGCAAUCCAGGGCUUCGUUCCGCCAUCAAAAGAUACCGUUUUGGACACUGUUGCUCGAACGAGGGAAAAGAAGUACUUCGGAUCGACGUCGAGUUUGACGGGUGUUCUUGCACAUUUCCACUUUCUCCUAUCAAAUAUGCGGCCGCCAAACAUGUCGGCUCUGUCGCGAGAAAGCCAUGAUGCCGGCCCAAUGACUUACUCGACGGCAUUGACUGCUCCACACAGCAUAUAUCUUCAUUGGAAGGACGGCACCUAUGCUAUCGAUGCAGAUAAAUACUUUGACACGGAAACGAUUCUUUCUGUUCUCGGCCACUCCCUGGAGAAGAUGCUAACGUUACCUCAAGACCAAUUCGAACAGUACCUUAAGGAAAAUUCGCAUACCAUCCCUGCAGAGGAUCGUAUGAAGCCUGGAACAUAUCACUAUCUCGAUGCCUGCAAUUUCCUUAUGAGAUCUCAACUUGAUUGCCAGGAUCCACGGCUUCCGGGUAAUAGCACGUUUGAUAUCAAAACCAGGGCUGUGGUCGCUGUUCGACAUGAUGUAAGCAAAGCCGAAGAGUAUGGUUCGUGGUAUCAAAUUACACAGUCCCGUGGAAUGUUAAAUUCCUUCGAACGGGAGUAUCGGGACAUGAUACGUUCGGCGUUCCUGAAGUACUCACUCCAAGUUCGUAUUGGGAGAAUGGAUGGUAUCUUUGUGGCAUUUCAUAACACACGACGCAUUUUCGGCUUUCAAUACAUUCCGCUGGCCGAGAUGGAUGAAGCAAUUCAUGGAUCAGCUGAGAAUGACAUAGGCGAGCGGGAGUUUCGUUUGUCGAUAAAACUCUUGAAUGAUAGUUUGGAGAAGGCCACCGAGGCAUACCCCAAGCAGUCGCUUCGCGUCACUUUUGAUACUCAGAAACGUGAGGGUCGCGAGCUGCCGACAAUGAAAAUGUGGGUUCAACCUGUCACAGAAGAGCACAUCGCGAAGGCUCAGGAAGGCCGCGCAAAGGGGAUUGCCGAGUGUGUCAAGGCCGCCGCCGGACUCAGCGAAGCAGCAAUAGAAGUUGGGCAGGAGGUUUCCAGUACUGUGGAACCUGAGAGUGUUUUGGAUGCUACGGAAGAUGAUAUUCCUGAGGACUCUCUCUCCACUGCAGAGCAGCAACCUGAGUUGAACCACGAUAAUGAGUAUGAGGCAAUUCGUGAAGUGAAAGGCUAUAAUAUCAUAGCGCAGAGUUAUGUCGAUGGAAGACGGUGCCUUGGUCCACCGUUGCUUCAACCAGGAUCACGAUGGGAAGUUGUAUAUUCGUUCAAGAAUAUGGAUGAUGAGACCGCUAGAGGCGGUCUGCGAAGGGCUUUCCGCGACCAAUCACUUGUUGGUAAAGUGGAAAGCUCAACCGGAGAACAACAAAGUGUUCCCCGAUUUAUCCAGCAACUAAGGAGAAUAUCGGCAUUGGGCAAAGCAGACGUGGAGAAGGAAAAUGAGAAGACUGAGGAUAGAGUGGUUUUCAGUCCUAUAACUAGCACCUCUUCAUAG